CUCGCGGUGAGCGGGGCAUCGCGUCUUUAACUCGCGCCACGAAGGUAGGGGCCUUUGCGACUCCGGGUUGCGGCGAUGGCGCUUCGCUGGGGCAUCGUGUCAGCUGGCCUUAUCUCCAGCGACUUCACGACGGUGCUGCGGACACUGCCUGCCUCUGAGCAUCAGAGACCUUCUCCAUCACCUCCUUUCCAUCCACCUGUCUUCCACACCUGCCCCAGCCCCUCAAGUCUGACGCAGGCGCCCCUCCAGGUGGUGGCAGUAGCGGCCCGUGACCUGAGCCGGGCGAAGGAGUUUGCGAGGAAACACGACAUCCCCAAAGCCUACGGAUCCUAUGAGGAGCUGGCCAAGGACCCGAACGUGGAGGUGGCUUACAUUGGCACCCAACACCCCCAGCACAAGGCUGCGGUGUUGCUUUGCCUAGCAGCGGGCAAGGCUGUGCUGUGCGAGAAGCCCAUGGGCGUGAACGCCUUGGAAGUGCACGAAAUGGUUGCUGAGGCCAGAUCCCGGGGCCUCUUCCUUAUGGAGGCCAUCUGGACCCGCUUCUUUCCUGCUGUAGAGGCUCUGAGGUCUGUUCUGGCCCAGGGAACUCUGGGGGACCUUCGGGUUGUUCGAGCAGAUUUUGGGAAGAAUUUCACCCAUGUUCACCGGGCCGUAGACUGGGCCCAGGCUGGAGGUGGCUUGUUAGACAUUGGCAUCUACUGCCUCCAGUUCAUCUCUAUGGUCUUCGGUGGGCAGAAGCCGGAGAAGAUUUCAGCUGUAGGAAGGCACCAUGAAACAGGUGUGGAUGACACUGUCACUGUGCUACUCCAGUAUCCAGGAGGGGUCCACGGCAGCUUCACCUGCAGCAUCACUGCCCAGCUCUCCAAUACGGUCUCUGUGAGUGGUACCAAGGGCAUGGCCCAGAUCCUCAACCCCUGCUGGUGUCCAACAGAGCUGGUGGUAAAGGGGGAGCGUAAGGAGUUCCCACUGCCCCCCGCCCCAGGCAAGGAGUUCAAUUAUACAAAUGGAAUGGGCAUGAGUUAUGAGGCCAAGCACGUCCGGGAAUGCCUGCAGAAGGGCCUGAAGGAAAGUCCUGUGAUUCCUCUGGCAGAAAGUGAGCUCCUGGCUGACGUCCUUGAGGAGGUGAGGAAGGCCAUUGGAAUCACCUUCCCCCAAGACAAACGCUGAUGUAUGCCCUGAAUAAAUAAUGACAUGCUGGUAAAUUCCUUGGCAGUCCAGUGGUUAGGACUCGGCGCUAUCACUGGUGGGGACCAGGUUCAAUCCCUGUUCGGGGAACUAAGAUCCCGCAAGCUGCGUGGCAUGGCCAAAAUAAAUUAAUUAAAUUAAAUAAAAAAUAAAGACAUGCUUUCCACA